AUGUGCCUUGUUUUGGAGACAGAUGUUGCGGCGUGGUUCAUCAACAAGCGCAAGGUGUACCCUGUCAAGCCUGACCUUGACGACUCCAAGCUCCCGCCAAUCGACAUCCCCAUCAAUGCGCCAGAUCAUGCAGACUGGCGGGACGCAGGUGAACGCCCUCAUCCAGGCGAGCGCAAGGCAAGGAGCUCUGGCAAGAUGCCCGAGGCCACGGGCCAAGGCGACGCGCCAACCGACAAGAGCAUCAAGCGCCUGGCACAGGAGGCAGGCCUGGACACCAAGAAGAAGAAGCUGCUUGUGUUUGACGACGUCGCCCUGACAAACGAGGAUGGCGACGGCGGCUACUCCUACAUCAACGCCAGCCCCGAUGGCCGCCUGCUGGCUGACAUGCAAGCAGCGCGUGCCCAUCACAGCAACCGACAUGGUGUGGACCAAGGACGGCAAGCACCUCAUCGGCCCCUCUUACUCCCCUACUCCCGCGUGUUCAUCUGCGGCCUCGGUGCACAUGAGGCUGAACGCACAGUCAUCUACGAGGAUCCUUUCCUUGGCGCUGAGCUUGCAUGCGCCGCCGCGUCCGAUGGCGUCAUCGAGAGGUGGCAGAAGGUGCUUUACGAGUGCAAGCUGCACCGCGUCCUAGACCUCAAGUGCCUGGCGGUCGUGCCGUCCACCUUCGAGCACACGCAUUGCAUGACACUCACGCCCACCCUGUACAUCGCGGGCAACAAGACGGGCGUCAUCUCUUUGUGGCAGCUUGGUGAGCCAUCGACCUUGCUUGCAGAGUGGAGGGCUGAUGUUGUCGGUAAUGGCGAGGAGACGAUACAAGACGUGGGCGGAGAAGCAGCGAGAGGGGAAGUAGAGGCGGAACCGGCGAGCAAGGAGCGUAAGCGUACUGGCGUGGAUGCGUUGCGUGUCACCCCUGAUGGCCGCUUCCUGGUGACUGCGUCCACCUCCACCGACUUGCGCGUGUGGGAUCUCAGCACCCUCACAUCCACACGAUCAGCAACAACACAACAUGAAGGCACAGCAGCAGUGGCGCCAACAACGACAAUAGCAGCAACAACAACGACACGCCCGUUUGUGUUGAUCGUGCGACCGCUUGCGGACAGCAGCAACAAGUUUGCCUUCGCAUACGGAAACACAGUGCACUUCUACGUCAUUGACCACCACCAGCAUGACCACCACCAGCAGCAACAACGGCAGCAUGACCAGCAGCAGCAGCAACAACAGCAGCAGGAGCGGCAGCAGUAG